AUGACAUGUGAACCAAUCUUUCGACUGUUCAAGAAAGAUGUCUCAACAGUGUGGAAUGAACAAUGCCAAGAAGCUUUUAAGAAGAUCAAGAAUUAUUUGAAGAAACGACCAGUCCCACCAGUUCUUGAAAAGCCAUUGUUGUUGUAUCUUACUACCACAGAUACAGCAAUGGGGGCUUUACUUGCUCAAUACCUAGAGGACACUAGAAAGGAGAAUGCAAUUUACUACAUCAGCAAGAAGAUGUUGCCUUACGAAGAGAAGUAUUCACCAUUAGAAAAGACACAUGUAGCAUUUGUAUGGCAACCCGUAAAAUCAGACAUUAUAUGCUUGCUUACAAGGUUUUGUUGA